UACCUGCCCAAAGGGCAGUAUCGAAGCUAGUCAAUAAUAAGAGAACAACCCGGCCAAUAGGUCAGGUAGAAAGAUAGUUUAAUUGAUGGCGCAAAGGAAAAGGAAAAAAAACGUUUCCAAGGGAGAUAGGCGUACGGUCAGGGAAAAUUGCGCUUCUAUUUUUACAAAGGCCCAGAAAAGUUAUUUAAUCAAAAGCCCAAAUUACAGAAAAUCCGAUGGCGUUCUAGGAAGGAGGCAUGCCCACGACCAGUGAAAAUGAGAAAUACUUGCACAAUGAAGAAGUAGGUUUCAGUCCGAAAUGAGAAACGGCUCGAAAAGCUUCAUCUUUAUUUAAUUGAAGGCCCAAAGGAAAUAUAAUCGACAGCGGUUUGGAAGGGACAUGGGAGAAAGGUUGGGCUAAAGUGGGCUUCCUUUUGACAAAGUCCCAAACAAGCUUAUUUUCCAUUUAAUCAAAUGGACCGAGCAACCUCGUUCGACACCGGCCUUCGCACCGUUCUUCUCUCUCUCACCACAACUCCGACGGCAUCCAGCGCCUGCGUUCAGGCCACCAGAGGCCGUCCGACGACGGUGUUAGGACCAAGGUUGGUGACGAGUUCCAGGCGCGAUAGCGAGAAGUUCAACGACCUAGCCUUCUUCAAUACAGGCGGCAGCUACUUCUAGUCGGCGGCGGGUCCUUCAAGAGGGCGGCGGGUAACAAAGGAACAAGACGGAGAGACUGAAAACCUAGUUCUUGCUUUCUCAUUCAUCAAAUCCGCCUCUUAUAGGCUUAGCAAACCAUACAAACAGACAAGCUUCCAUGGACAUUGUUUGGCAGCUACUUUGUAAGAAUGUAUAGUUAACGCAUUGCUUUGCAAUCAGUGGGGCAAAGGCUUAUGUUGAAUACAGUGGGCAUGACAUUGAUAAUUUUCAAAAGCAUGCUCCAGCAAUGGAGUCAAAGUUACCAUUGAUUGUGACAAUCAAAUCAGUUAGUAGAGUAACUCCUAGACAUGACAGUAAAUAUCAACACGAAUUUCGAUCCACAAUUGCGAGUAAGCUUAUCAUUCGUUCUUAUCAGGACAACUGCAAGGAUAUCAUGAACAUGUAAGUUGCUGUAUAUGGGUUUACCCAACUGAUUGGUUCAACCACUAUCGAGUUAGUAAUACUUACACAUUUCUUUUCAACAUGUAGCUUUCUUGCAUGUCGCAAACCAGUUUACUUCUUCGAUGAUGCUACUUACAAAAAAACUGGGCACCUGCUGAGCAAUCAACUGCAAAAGAAAUCGCUGAGAGAGAUAAAAGAAAGGAUGGAGGACCGUUCAGAUUUCACAGAGGUAUAUGACAAACACCAGCAUUGACAUCAGCUGUAUAUUUCCAUCUGUUUAGCUGUAUAAUACAUCUGACAUUUUGCA